UGUUUGGAAUAAGGUCGUCGUGUUUUAAGGUCCAUGUGGCUGUGUAUAUAGAGCCUUUUUGUCUUCAACUAUUUCGCGUCUGCUCGCGUCGCGUCGCACCGGUCUCCAGCAUGAAUUUUUAGCAUAUUCCAAGCUGUAGGGACCGAAUGUCGCAUCCGACCUAUCGAAUAGUAUCGACGUGCCAUGGCAUGUAGCAACAGUUGUUUUGACGUGUUACUGCAAAGUUCUCUUCUUCCAACAUACAUAUACUGCCUACGCAAUACAUGCUCUCCUUUAGCGAAUUCUCUGCCUGGGUAUCUAUCGAUGGUGUUGAAGCAGAGGAAUAUGGAGUGACCGUCGACGGCGCCAGGGUGACUUGCUGGAUCGCGUCGGAAGCCAAUAAGACUUUUCGCCUUCACUGGAAAGACUCUGUCGUUUCGUCGCCUACGCGGGGCAACCCGUCUAUCGAUGGCACUACUUACCCACCCAGGUACAUUGACUCUCCGCGGAGAAACGAAGUCUUCCUUGGCGGUGUCAGGGAUUCAGACAGCUCCAAGAGGCCAUUCAUGUUCACAAAACUCAAUCUUACGGACGACGAUGCGUAUCUCGAUGUCGCCGCUCCCCCUAGUCUUGGCGAAAUCGAGGUAACACUCUAUCGCGUUGAGCGGCGCCGGAACCGCAAUCACCGCCCUCCUUUGAACAAUAUAAGUCAAGGGGUUGAUUUGACUCGCCGUGUGUAUCACGAGCAUAAUAAGAAGGGAAUUGACCAUGAGGCUAGUCUCGGGUCUCCAAGACGUGUUGAAAGCAUCAGUCGGAGCCAGCGCAAACCAUUUAGUUUCACAAAGCCCAAAGGUAAUCCCAUCGUUACCUUCUGCUUCAAGUAUCGACCCCUUGAUGUGUUGCAAGCAGAGGACAUCGCCCCGCGGCCUCAACCUGUCCAACCAGCUCAAGACACGAGCAAACCGGAAGUCAAAGACGUCAUCGUCGUGGAUGAUGCAGAAAUUGAAUUUCUCUAUAUGCGAGCGAAUAAGGUGGUGAAGCAUGACGACGGUAUCAUCGACCUGACAGGUCCAGAUGAUGUAUACGCAUCGAGGGAUGUCAUAAAGCUUGACGAGGAGGAUGUUGUGCUCCCCAAGACUCCACAGCAGAACGAUAACGACAGGGCGUCUGGUUCGCAAGAAGACGCUUCACCCGAGAUCAAAGACGAGUACAACAAACCUUUCGGGCUCUCAAACGUAUACUUCGACUUGACUGUUUAGGCGGUUUAGCCUUGAUUAUCGAAUACCUAUCAGCACAUCGUUUCUCCGUAUUUUAUUCUAUUAAUCCUUAUUUCCACAUCGCUAUCGAUCGCUUUCACUUGUUUUCUAUCACCGGAUACCUGCCGCUCAUGUAAAACCCUGCCGCAUAACUAUUCAUUGUUCCGUAGUCUGUGACAUAAAUACAGAGCCAACUACUAGG